CCCCAAUCAACUGCCAACAACGCUCCUCCGGGUUUGAUUCAUGUUCUCCUGAGCGGCGACAGCGACUCAUUCGUGCAGCCUCUGCAUUCGACGGCGGCUGUCUUCAUGUCUCUCGUUUAACCCACCUUUUUCCAUCGAUCAAUUCCCCCUCGGGCGGGCAUGAACCACCUGGUUCCGCAGCCCCCUUAACCGCCUGUCGUUUCCUUCCAGGGACCCCAAUCUCGCGCCUAUGCGACGCACGUCGGUCUCGCUGCCGACGAAGCACAUCGCGCACGACCCUCACGAAAAACCCGACCGCUACCGCAAUCCGCGGGAACAGAGUCUGAUCAUGAAGAUGCAGUCCGCUUGGGUGUCGCAGUCGCAGCGGGCGCGCUACAUCAAGACUGGCGCCAUCAUUUUCUUGGUGUUUAUCCUUUUUUACUGCUUCUCACCCUCGGGAGUGGACAUCUACAAUGGUGCCCUAGGGGGACAGAAGUCGAACCAGGGUCAAACACCGUCCGACUCGUCGUACGGCACCGAUAGAUGCACGAGGUCCUAUUCCAAGGACAAACCUAUUGUGCAAUAUGUCUCCAUGAUUGAUGCCGGCAGCACCGGCUCGCGCAUCCACGUCUACAAGUUCAACAACUGCGGCGCCGCUCCCGAGCUCGAAGGCGAGAUCCUCUUCAAGCAGACCGAGAAGAUCGAGGGCAAGAGCAGUGGUUUGAGUGCCUACAAGGACGACCCGGAAGCCGCGGCCAAGAGCCUGGAUCCUCUCCUCGACGCGGCGCUCAAGGUCAUACCCGAUAAGUUGAAGGCUUGCAGCCCGAUCGCCGUGAAGGCGACCGCCGGUCUGCGCCUGGUAGGCCCCGAGAGGAGCGACAAGAUCCUCGCGGCCGUCCGGCGACGCCUUGAGACCAACUACCCCUUCCCUGUGGUGUCCCAGGAACAGGGCGGAGUGUCCAUCAUGGAAGGCUCCGACGAGGGCGUGUACGCGUGGGUCACGGUCAACUACCUGCUCGGCAAGAUCGGCGGUCCCGACCGCAGCGAGACGGCCGCCGUCUUCGAUCUCGGCGGCGGCUCCACCCAGAUUGUCUUCCAGCCCAGCUUCGAGGGCCUUGCCUCGGGCGGCAUGCCGGACAAGCUGGCCGAGGGCGACCACAAGUACGAUCUGGACUUUGGCGGCCAACGGUUCACCCUCUACCAGCACUCCCACCUGGGCUACGGCCUGAUGUCGGCGCGCGAGGCCAUCCACGCGAGGCUCGUCCAGGACCUCCACGAGGCCAACAAGCCCGACACCGCCUGGACCAAGCAGCCCGUCAUCAACCCCUGCCUCGCGGCCGGCACGUCCAAGACGGUCACGGUCAAGCUCGCCGACAACCACCCGCUGGGCGCGACCGUCGAGCUCAACAUGACGGCGCCCUCCACCGCGGCGCCGGCCCAGUGCCGCAGCCUGGCCGAGCGCAUCCUCCGGAAGAACGCCGAGUGCAAGCUGGCGCCGUGCUCCUUCAACGGCGUGCACCAGCCGUCCAUCGCCAAGACCUUCUCGCGCGAGGACAUCUACCUGCUCUCGUACUUUUACGACCGCACCCAGCCGCUCGGCAUGCCCGAGUCCUUCACGCUGCGCGAGCUGGCCGACCUCGCCAGGAGCGUGUGCGGCGGCGAGCCCGCCUGGGACGUCUUCGCCAGCGUGCCCGGCGCCCUCGACGAGCUGCGCGACCGCCCCGAGCACUGCCUCGACCUCAACUUCAUGCUGGCGCUGACCCACACCGGCUACGAGAUGCCGCUGGAUCGGGAGGUGCGGAUCGCCAAGAAGAUCAAGGAUAAGGAACUCGGCUGGUGUUUGGGCGCGAGCUUGCCGCUGCUUUCCAAGGGAUCGGGUUGGCAAUGCAGAAUCACCGAGACCCAUUGAAGGCGAUAGCUCGCUGCGUCCGGGAGAGAGCACGAUUUCCUGUUCAUCUAUGACAUUACAGGGCAAGGCUGAUUGGCAGCAUAUACUUGAUUGAAUUGGCGUUAUGAGGGAUACGAUUAGAGGUUUCGAGGGCUUCGUUAAUUUCUCCAACCCUCACUGGCA